AAACACUGAGAGAGGAUGCCUGCUGUCUUGGAAAAGUUAAUUAAGCGAGUAACUGGACAGCAGCACUGCAUGACAGUGUUGCUGUUUGAGUUGUGCACCAUCUGCAUAGAUCCGCCUUGUUUAUCUACAAGUAUCCACGUUGCUCUGCCUGUAUGAGCCAUGGCUAGACUUUGCCUCAAGAGGUCUAUAAUCCUAGGGAUUGUAGGUUUGUUGUUUCUAGCUUUUGGAAUCGUCUUAAUCUUCGUAUUCCCUAAAGUGAUGAAGGAGCAAGUGGAAAAGAAUGUCCGAAUUGAUCCUUCCAGUGGCUUUGCUUUUGAAAUGUGGCGAGAUCUGCCUGUCCCUUUUUUCAUGUCCAUCUAUAUUUUCGAAGUUGUAAAUCACAAAGAAGUCCUUUUAGGAGAAAAGCCAAGGUUACAGCAACGCGGGCCCUAUGUUUACAGAGAGCAAAAGCAGAAGAACAACCUCACCUUUCAUGACAAUGGGACUGUUUCUUUCCUGGAAAACCGUGUGUUUCAUUUUAGUCCUGAAAAAUCAAAUGGAUUAGAGGAUGAUUUUGUGGUGGUACCGAAUAUUCUUGUUCUGGGGUCUGCAAUAAUGUUCCAGGAUAUGACUGGGGCAAUGAAAUGGAUACUCAGUGGCGCAUUUACAGCUUUUAGUCAAGAGCCCUUCAUGAACCGUACAGUGAGAGAGAUAUUGUGGGGCUAUGAAGACCCAUUUUUGGAUUUUAUAAAUACAUUUUUGCCCGGCACACUUCCGUUCAAGGGGAAGUUUGGGUUAUUUGCAGAUUUUAAUAACUCCAACACUGGACUGUUUACAGUCAACACUGGAGUAGAUGACAUCAGCAGGGUCCAGAUGGUGGAUUCUUGGAAUGGGGUCAAAGAGGUUUCUUUUUGGAAUUCAGAGCAGGCAAACAUGAUUAACGGAACUGCUGGUCAAAUGUGGCCUCCAUUUAGAAAACCCUCUGAGCCUCUGGAGUUUUACAGUCCAGAUGCAUGCAGGUCCAUGAAGCUGGUAUAUGAAAAUAAAGCAGACUUUAGAGGAGUUCCUACUUUUCGAUAUGUUGCUCCCAGAUAUCUGUUUGCAAAUGGAUCAGACUACCCCCCGAAUGAAGGCUUCUGUCCCUGUACAGCAUCUGGAGUCAUGAAUGCCAGUUCCUGCAGAUUCAAUGCUCCCUUAUUCCUCUCUUUCCCUCAUUUCUUAAAUGCGGACCCUGGAUUUUUGAAGGCUGUGGACGGAUUACAACCUAGUGAAGAACUACACUCUCUCUUUCUAGAUCUGCAUCCUCUCACUGGCAUCCCAAUGAAUUGCUCAAUCAAGAUGCAGCUUAAUUUAUUCACAAAGGCCGUGUCUGGAAUAACACAAACUGGAGAUAUAAAGCCUGUUAUACUGCCUCUGCUGUGGUUUGCAGAGAGUGGAUUCAUUGAUGGCCCAGUGUUUGAUACCUACUAUAAUACCUUGAUCUUGAUGCCCACUGUACUAGGCUACCUGCAAUAUGUUCUCAUAGCAGUUGGUAUCUUUUUAAUUCUGACUGCAUUUAUUACACCUUUUGUAAAACAGGAAAAAUGCUUCUUAUUUUGGAGUAGUAAUAAAAAGGUUGAUGAAAGUCAGGAUAAGGCACAAAAAGAAAAGUUGAAUUCUUCUAAUGGAACAGUGCUAAUGGAAGCCAAACUAUAGGUGCGUACCAGCACACGGAGGACUUCCUUGAAGAUACACAUGAGAUAAAAGAUGAAGCUCAAUGUUCUGAUACUACAACACUUUUGGAGGAUCCAGAUUAUGGCUCGCCUCAAACUUGAUGAAACUAUUGCCUACCUUUCUUCUCUCAGGCACUAUAGGGGUGGCUCUAUUCACCUAAUCACUACACGUCUUAUCCUGGCGAUUCUAAACGGUCCAAUUGUCAUAAAUUUAUUGGGAUGAAGCCUGCAAACAAGUGAGCAUGUGGAAGGUUGACACAACUAAAAUUGCCCAUUGUUAAGCAAUAAAGAAUCACUUUCUGGAGUGCAGGAUACAAAACACCGACAUAAUAUGAACAUUUUAAAAGAACAUAUUUUUAAUGAGGGGCCUUGAAGAGAAAAUGAAAAACAUCUGCACUUUGACUGCAAAACAGGGCUGAAAGAGAUAUAUAUAUAUUAAAGCUCUGUUCUGCAGCCACCGUUAUGCCAGUCAACUCUAGUUUAUGUAUUCUAGAAUGUGUAGUAAACACCCAAAUGUAAGAAACUCUCCAUGUGUAGCUCAUGUCAUUUGUAACCUUUGGCCUGGCCUUUAAAAAAAAAAAAAUCUUUUAAGACCAUCAAAUCAUGCAGUUAACCGAACAGUUGUGUGUAAAAUGUAUUUAUUGUAAAAAAAAAAUAAUGUGAAACUACUUACAUCCACUGCAGUAAUAGCAUAAGUUAGAAUUUUACAUAGAAUUUACAUUAUAUAUAUAUAUUUUUUUCAUCAAGUUCUAAAAAAAGGCACAUUUUUCACUAUAUAUUCUCCUGUUGAAGAAAGUGUUUUUAAGACCAUAUUUGUAUUAAAAUAGUCUACUUCUUUUUAGUCUUAAAUAUCUACAUAUGCACUUAUGUCUAUUUUGCAAAGGCAACUAACCUAGAUUCCAUAAUUUAGUAAUCUGCCAUUUCAUUUUUUUGUUCUAGGCACUUAACACAUAUUGUAAAGGUGUUUUGUUUCAUUUAUUCUUUGAAAUUACUCCCCUACAAAGUGGAUUUUUAAGGACACUCAUUUAUUUGAAAAUAAUCCUGCUUAUUAAGUAGGUUGUUACUCAAGUAGUGCGUGUCUGUUAUUUUCCAUGUAUUUUGUAACUUCUCCUUAGUAGAAGCUUGUUAUCGCUGGGAAAAAUGUACAGCUUUACUUCAUAAUAUAGUCAAGCAUCAAAAAUAAAUCAAAUGCCUUAUCUAUCCCUUAAAUUUAAACCAAAGUCCAUAUGAGGCACCAAAACUUUUCUGGGUUUAGCUAGUCUAACACUACUAAAAAUAUGAUUGCUAAGUUGCACUGCAAUAAAAUUCUAAGCUGCCAAACUUUUUUAUUGCCACAGUGGGGAAAACUGGUAACUCUUGGUACAUUUAUAGCUUUGUAAAGAGUAAUUUAUACUGUCUUUCAUGUAAUUUUUAUCUGUGUAAUUCAUAUAUUUUAUAUGCAAUGUGUUUAGAAUGAAGAUGCUCUGAUGUUUAUACAUAUCAUUUUUUUUUUUGUAUGAAACCUAAUCUAAUAUUUAGGUUAAAAAAAAAAAAAAAUCCAGUCCCAUACUUUGACUGCUACAGAGUUAUAUGAGCCUCAUGCAGAAAAUUUAUCUCAUCCUCACAAUAUGAAAUGGCAACAUUUUCCCCGAGAUUUAGUGAGCUGCUAUUGCUUUAUUUUAUAAUGCCAUUUCUAGCUGUGGCACUGUUAAAUGCUACUUUUUAUUCUAUUCAUAUCACAAAUUUAUUAUCAAAGCUGCAAUAGUGUUUACACCAAGCUACACAAUCAGAGUUUCAUUCAUAAUCUGAUGUAUACUAAUAGAAUGGUGCUAUAUAUUUUUCUAACGGCUGUUCUUUUUUAUAAUUGUGUUUGACACCAUCUGGAAGAAAUUGAUCGUAAAAAGUUUUUAUAAAUGGCACAGUUCACAUAAAAAAGUGAUUAAAGUGAAAAAAUUAUAAAUUUAAAACUUGGCAUAA